UUUUAGGAUGUGAUAUCUAUCUCUAUUCUCCUUGAGAGCAUUGCUCUUCCUUCCAUGGACAAACUUUCACCGUCCGUCUUAUCUCGUCUAUCUCGUCCUCGUCCUCGUCAUCAUCAUGGAUUACGGCCUUCACGAACAGCAUGCGUCGUACAUCCUUAGCCAGAGUAGCCGGGGUGAGGAGGACACUAACUUAGAUGCCAGCUGGGUUAUGUUAUCGCGGGCCGGGGAAAUAGAGCCGCUGCCGCACGAGACUAUUUUACAUAGGACACGAGGGAGGAUAGCUCUAACCAUAACCGCUCCGAAUCAGCCACCCGGUAUCCCUCCCCUUAAUAUUAAGAGUGAGAGCGGAACCGCGUACAUAACGAAUCAACGAUUGAUCUACCUACCUUCUAAACCUACAGAUCAGUUCAAGUCCUUCUCAUCCAAAAUACUGGGAUGCCUGGAUAGUCGUAUGAGCUCGUCAUGGAUCGGGCCUUGGUACUGGGAGGCCAACGUGCGCCCGGUUCCUGAUGGCAAUAUUCCGCCGGAGUUUCCGAGAGUCAAUGUGAGAUUAACAUUUAAGGAUGGUGGUUCCGGCGAAUUUGAGUCCAAGUUCGUGGAACUUAAGACACGUCUGCACCACGCGGCACAAAUUGCGGAGGAAUCGGGUCAGAGCAAUUGGGCCCAAAUGGUUCACGACGAGCAACUACCAGAAUAUAGCGGCCCUCAGGGUAGUAGUAACCCUGGUCAGGCGGCUGAAGUAGCUCGGCGGGCGGAUGAGGCAGCUCGAGAACAGCAGACCCAUCAACAAACUCCGGACGAGCCCCCUCCAGACUACGACGAAGCUCAAGCACAGGCGGUUAGCAUGCGUUUCGACGAGCGUAUGCGGGAGGAAGCAGAGAGACAAUGACAAUGUGUUUGGCAUAUGAGUUGCCCUAGAGCAUUUACGAUGCCGAUGAAUUCGACUAC